UCUUCUUCUUACAUAUCUAUCUAUAUAUCAGUCCAUUGCAGAAUAGAAUUCAUCACCAGCAAUUCACAUGAUGCAUUUCAAUUCCAUCCUCUGUUUCUUCCUCAUCUUCCUCCUCCUACUUGAGGCCCAUGCAAAGUUAGUUAUAGAAGCUCCUGCUCCUCAGCCUCAGCCAGCACCUCCCACCUUCCCCAUGUAUGGAGCAACUCCCGGCAGCCUUCACCCCCAAGAGUGUGGAGGGAAGUGUACAGUGAGAUGCUCAAAAACGGCGUUCAAGAAGCCGUGCAUGUUUUUCUGCCAGAAAUGUUGCGCUACGUGCCUAUGUGUGCCGCCGGGCACCUAUGGCAACAAGCAGUUCUGCCCGUGUUAUAACAACUGGAAAACAAAGCGUGGAGGCCCCAAGUGCCCGUAAAUUUAUUACAGUCUUGUUCUUAUUUGUUCAUCUACCGACUGCUAUAGUAUACUGUAAUUUGUUUGUCCUCUAAGCUUGUUUCUAUGUCUAAUUCCUAUUUGGUUCUAUGCCACAAUGAUCAUCAGCUUGGUGAUCCAUGGCCUUGUUUCUCUGUCUCUAUGUUCUUGUAUGUAUGUACAUUUUGUUGCCCCUAUUGUAAUAUCAUAUAGACAAACUAAUUCAGCUGUAAUAAGAAUGUAGUUUUAUCUAUAAUGGAGUGUUUUUGUUUUAUGUGAA